UUUCUCACGAUUAAAAUAAAAAAAUAGCCGAGGAAAACCUUAAACCACUUGCCGGUGUAAAUUGCAAAGGUGAAGUAGCAGAAGUAUUUAAUUUUUUGUUCUUAGGUAACAAACUUAGAAAUAACAAUUGCAGGCUGAGAGAACUGUAAAAUAUUAUAUCCAAUUACCAAUGGCGUCGAUUUCGAGUGAUGAAGAUCACAAGCCUUUGAUGUUUUUGGGUAAAGAUGUCUCAAAAAUUCCGUGUUUUCGUAACAGUUUCUUAUAUGGCAUAGUCGGAGGAUUUACAAUGGGAAUCGGUUUUUUUUUGUGUACAAGUAGAACAUUACGAUCUACACACUUUGGAUUUGGUUCUUUUGUUACAAUAUCUUCUUUCUAUUGGGUUAUUUGCAGACACAACUAUGAUAAUACAGAAGAAAGACUAAAUGAACUGAAGGGUAUUAUCAAAGCUAAGAAGAGUGGCGCUGAUAUCAAUGACUGAACAUCAUUACACAUAUUAUAAUGAAUAAAUUAUACUCGCCGAUACCACUACAAUCUAUUUGUAUAUAUUAGUACAUAAGUUGUGUUUAGAUCGGUUUCAAAAUUGAAUUGCUUAAGCGUUUAAUAAAAAUCUCGGGGUUUGUAGUGCCUCGCAAGUACUGUUGUGUGCUCACUGCUGUAAGUACUUACUUCAAGUAUGGUAAUCAAAGGAGGUUGGAUAUAAACACACUAGAGCUUACUGUGCCUAGUUAUUAUUAUGUAGAAAUUGUUUUUGGUCAAUUAUUUUUAUAGACAAAUACAUGUUAAGUGGUUAUUAA